AUGCACGUCCACUGCGAGGAGGGAGAGGUAGCAGAGAGCUGGCUGGUUGCUGCAGCUGCAUGCCUGACAGCCUCGUGCGUCAUCGAUGGGGGCAUGCUGCUGCGAGCGCUGCAGCUGCUGAGGAAGGACGAGGCUCUGUCGAGGCUUCUUCAUGAUGUGUCAGUCCACACGAGCAGCGGCGGCAGCAUGUACGAAGAGCUUCCUUCUCUAACCCUCCAAGAGCAGGAAGAGAAACCCCGAUCGAACCUUCAGAAGCUCGUUGAACGAGCUCGGCCUGAGUUCAUGUGGCUCGCCGCUGGUUGCCUGGCCCUCUUUAUCCGCCUCCCCUUCUCCCUCGCCCUCCCCCACUUCGUCAGCGAGACCAUCGGGGCUCUGAUAGACAAGGACAGUGACGCCGUUCGCUCCAACAUCACGUCCUUCAUCAUCGCUGCCGUGAUCGACUCUCUGCUGGACUUUUGGUGCGUCUUUCUCUUCGGCUACACCCAGCAGCGGCUCGUCCGCUCCCUCCGCAUCGACCUCUUCCGCAACCUCCUCCUACAAGACACCUCCUUCUUUGACGCCUCCUCCUCUGGCGAGAUCUCCUCCCGCCUCACUUCCGACUGCGCUGAAAUGGCCAACGACCUCACUUGGGUCUUCCGCUUCACCAUCGAGGCCCUGGUGCGCAUAGGAGGUAUCGCUGGCUACAUGUUCUUCCGGAGCUGGCGCCUAGCCUCCCUUGCCUGCAGUAUCAUCCCUAUCGUCGCCGUCGUCAACAGGUUCUACUCAGCCUGGAUGAGCAAGAACGCACAGAUGGUACAGGAGGCGCUGGCGGAGGCGAACGGAGUAGCGCAGGAGGUGCUCUCCUCCAUGAGAACGGUCUUCUCCUUCGCCAACGAGCCCAGGGAGCUGCGGAGGUACGAGAAGGCCGUCCAGAAGCAUUUCGUGCUCAACGUCAGGCAGACGGCUAUUAGCGGCCUCUACUACAUGGGUGUUUGUACCUUCCUCAUGAGUUGUUGCGUUCAGUCCUCCCUCCUUAUCUAUGGUUCUUUGCUCGUCUUUAACGGGGAGCUCGAGGCGACCACCCUUCUUUCCUUCAUGCUCUACCAGGGUCAGCUUCAAGAGUAUUUCUCCAACCUCCUCAACUCCUUUACCAACCUCAUCAAGAGCGCGGGAGCAGGAGCCAAAGUCUUCGAGCUCCUGGGGAGGAGGCCGAGGAUCAAGAGGAGCGGGCUGAUCAAACUGACCGAGGUCAGAGGCAAGGUGACUCUAGAACACGUCUCCUUCUGCUACCCCUCGCGCGAGUCCCUUCCUCCUGCUCUGGACGACGUCUCCUUCCAAGUCUCUCCGGGCAACAUCGCAGCGAUCGUGGGGCCCUCAGGAGCGGGCAAGAGCACCAUCUUUCACCUCCUCGAGCACCUCUACGAGCCUUCCUCCGGCCGCGUCUGCCUGGACGACGUGGAGGUCAGUGAGCUGGAGCACGGAUGGCUGCAUCGAAUGCUUGCGCUGGUGGGGCAGGAGCCUGUGCUGUUCUCGGGCAGCAUCGAGAGCAACAUCCUCUACGGCUACUACCAUCGCCUCCUCGAGGACGGAGGAGAGAGCGGGGAGGGGCUGCAGGAGAAGAAGCAGAGGAUCGCGAUAGCGAGAGCCGUUAUCCAAGACCCCAAGGUUCUCCUCCUCGACGAGGCGACGUCAGCGCUGGACUCGGAAAGCGAGGCGCUGGUGCAGGAGGCGCUCGAGCAUGUCAUGGAGAGGAGAACCGUCCUCGUCAUCGCCCACCGUCUCUCCACUGUCUCCCGUGCUGACGUCAUCCUCCUCCUCAACAAGGGCAGGAUCGUAGAGCAGGGAACGCACCAGGAGCUUCUUGCUCGUCCUCUCCCUCCAGAUGGAGGGCUCAGCUAUCGGACCCUCCUCAACCGCCAGGCUAAGGCUCUGUCAGAUCCCGACGCCCUCGAGUAA